GCAGGCGAGAGAACGCUCGGAGAGGCUCGGCCGCGAGCACGGGGCUCGCGGCAAGCGGAGCGGAGAACGGAGUGCGGCCACCUCCGGGUUGCCGCCAUGGUCGCGUAGGCUGAGAGCCGGGCGGCUCGCCUGAGUCCAGCUACCCUCGGUGGGUUCUUCCUGCCGGAUUUGCACACCGAGUCGUUGGCUUUUGGCAUGAAGAGGAAAGAGCUUAGUGGUUUGAAUAAAGGGUGGCCAUUGUGAACCGGCAACACAACGGCCAUUCAGGACGCGGAGCUAUUGUGAUGAAAAUCUCCUUCCUGCCCUGCAUCCCUCCUGUGCCUCACGGCUCUCUCUGCUUGGUUGCAGUGCCGCCUCUACCCUUUCCUGAAGUCCAGCAGUAGCGGGCCCCUCCCUUCUUUCUGCCUGUGCUUUAGAUGGCAGAGCAUUUGCUCGGCACAUCUGAAAAAGAAGGUGUGAAAAGCAAAGGCCAUGGCUCCAUUCCGCUGUCAGUCAUGUGGCAAGUCCUUCCUCACCCUGGAGAAGUUCACCAUCCACAGUUAUUCACACUCCAGGGAGCGACCCUUCAAGUGCACGCAGGCUGAGUGUGGCAAAGCCUUCGUCUCUAAAUAUAAAUUGAUGAGGCAUAUGGCCACACACUCACCCCAGAAGCUCCACCAGUGCACUCACUGUGAGAAGACCUUCAACCGGAAGGACCACCUGAAGAACCAUCUCCAGACCCACGACCCCAAUAAGAUCGCCUACAUCUGCGAGGAGUGUGGCAAGAAGUACCACACCAUGCUGGGCUACAAGAGGCACCUGGCCCUGCAUUCCGCCAGCAGCGGAGAUCUCACCUGUGGCGUCUGCGCCGUCCAGCUGGGGAGCACCGAGGUCCUGCUGGUCCACCUCAAGUCUCACGCGGAAGAAAAAGCCCACCAUGCCCCCCGGGAGAAGAAGCACCAGUGCGACCAUUGUGACAGAUGCUUCUACACCCGCAAGGAUGUGCGUCGCCACCUGGUGGUCCACACAGGAUGCAAGGACUUCCUGUGUCAGUUCUGCGCCCAGCGCUUUGGGCGCAAAGACCACCUCACCCGUCACACCAAGAAAACACACUCGCAGGAGCUGAAGCAAGAGCGUAUGCAGGCAGGGGAGUAUGUGAGCACCUUUAAUACCAUUGCGCCGCCGUCCUUCCAGGUGAAGGCUGCUGCCAUGCCUCCUUUCCAGUUAGGAGUGCCCCCUCAGAACGGGCUUGCUGGUGGCUUGCCACCCGAGAUUCAUGGUCUAGUGCUUGCUCCCCCAGAACAGGUCACCCAGCCUCUGCAGCCAAUGCCAGAGCAGCUUAUCACUCUGCACCCUGGGGUAGUUCCCACCUCUCCUCCCCAAACCCUUCAGGAGUCGAAGUACAGUCCUGCUUCUACCUCAUUUGCCCCACUUGCAGGCCUGCCUAUUAAAGCAGAGGCCAAAGGCUUUGGCAACAUGGGUUACUUUGAGGAAUUGCCUAUGCAAGAGCCUCAGUCGCCUCUCAAGCUCAGCCCAUGUUUUGAGAUGGCUAAGGAGGGGAUUGGGAAAGUCACCCUGCCCAAAGAGCUGAUAGUUGAUGCUGUGAACAUAGCGAUUCCUGCCUCUCUGGAGAUUUCCUCCGUGUUGGGGUUUUGGCAGAUCCCCCCUCCUCCCCCCCAGAAUGGUUUUGUGAAUAACGCCAUCCCAGUCGGGCCGGGGGAGCCAUUGACCCAUACAAUCACUUGUCUGGCGCAGCAGCCGUCACCACCGCUGCCGCCUCCACCACCGCUGCUGCCACCGCAGCCGCAGGUACAGCUGCAGCCACAGCCACUGCAGCCACAGCUGCAGCCACAGCUUCAGCCACUGCAGCUGCAGCCACAGCCACUGCAGCUGCAGCCACAGCCAAUGGGGUUGCAGCCACAGCCAAUGGGGCUCCAGCCACAGCCAAUGCAGCUGCAGCCGCAGCCACUGCAGCUGCAGCCACAGCCAAUGCAGCUGCAGCCACAGCCACUGCCACAGGCACUGCCACAACCACUGCAGCUGCAGCCGCAGCCGCAGCCUCAGCCACUGCCGCAGCCUCCACCGCUGCCGCAGCCACAGCCACUGCCGCAGCCUCCACCACAGCUGCAGCCACAGCCACUGCCGCAGCCUCAGCCGCUGCCGCAGCCAAUGCCACAGCCACUGCCACAGCCGCAGCCACAAGAAGCCCAAAUAGCAGUGGCCACUGUGAGUCUGGGGCAGCUCCCUUUACCCCCAAUCCCCCACGUUUUCACAACAGGCACUAACACUGCUAUACUGCCCCAUUUUCAUCAUGCUUUCAGAUAAACUGAUUUUUAAGAAGGCGUAAUUCUUGAGGAGGAAGGCGUUUUAAGCAACAGUUACAGGCUGAAACAUCAAACAGUUUGAGGGGAAGCUUGAAACCAAGGAUUGGGGCUUUAGCUUAUUCGCGAUUACUAGCUUGAGAAAAGGAAUACUCUUCACUGCAUGCAUUGUGCCAAUAUAUAGUAUCCUUAGUAUUCGUGCUUUGUACCAAAUUUAGUGAGCGUGUGCGUAUCCUGUAGUCGAAGUUCAAGUAGUAUCGUAUUAUUAUCUUAUUAUUAUCCUCAUAUUAUAUCCUCAUAUUAUUAUCAUAUAAUCACAAACAAGAUCCAAAACGACAGCUGCUAUUUUGUAAAAUAAAGUGUGUUGAAUUUAAUUGUAUGCCUUUGUUGUAAUGAUGUUAACUAAGUACCUUUGUGUGUAGUACCGCCUAGGAGGGACAUGAUGGAAAGGUGCGGGUUUCUCCGCCUCGGAAGAUGUUUUUAAGAGAAGAGGGUAAUCUUCGUAUGGCGUUUAGAACUAGACUGUGUGUUUCUUUUCAGGGACUCUUCCACCUUCGGGGUUAGAUGUAGUUUAGUUCCUCUUCUCGUAGCCUACUUUGUAGUUUGUAGGAAAAGUUCCUUGUGAAGUUAUCGAUUUCUUGAUCUUUAAAGUGAAUUUUUAGUGUAGUUUUCAAUAUUUUUUCAUGUGAUGUUGCAAUGUGAGUUAUGACUUCAUUUAUCUUAAAAGACAAAACUGGUUGUCAGUUAUAUCUGACAAGAAAAAAAAUUACUGUGUAGCCUAGUUAAGUGGUAUACUCCUUGUGGCAUCAGUCAGAAGUGUUUCACUGACUCGAAUGCCCAUUGUGUUCUUCAUAGGAAUU